AAUGGAGUGCAGCUUUAAGAAUUAAGUUAGCCUCAACAUAUAAGAUUCCCAAAGCACAUCACGGGAAGUGGUGCAAGAAUUCGACUCUUGUCAUUUGCAGUUCCGGAAAACUUUCGGUUUAAACCAGUAAAAUAUAGUCAUUAUAAGUUUCUUGGUUUAAAAAAUAUCGCAAUACUACAAUUAAUACUUAUUUUACUCUUAUUUGUUUUACAAUAAAAACUUUUAUUGCGAAGUUCGUUUACGACGAGAGGCACACAAAAUAAAAUGUAAACAAACACCUCGUUUCUGAUUGGUUGAAACAAAUUUGCCGCAACCUUUAAAUGUCAUGGCGAAUCUAUGUUUUUCGCCUUAGAUGCCAAUUUUGACAUUUGAGGGGACCACAAAAGUUGCUUUGUUGUAGCAAUUCGCCGAUGCGGUUACCUGUUAGAUCUACCUUGGCCGGACGGAAAGUUGAUAUUACAAUUUGCACACCCACGCUACGUAGAGUUCACAAACGUUCGUUGACCACUCAACAACUUUCCUCAUCCGAUCUACUUCAAACCGUUCCAGUUUAUUGUGUAUCUAAUCGUAAUAUGGGUCGCCUAGGUAAAGUUGAUCCCAGUUCCUACUCUCAACCGGAAUUGAUUACAACCAAACACAGCAGUUUGGAAUGGAAGGUAGAUUUCGACAACACCAAAUUGAAGGGAUCUGUCACCCACAAGUUCAAUGUUUUGGAAAAUAAUUUGGAAUCAAUUAUUUUAGAUGUUCGCGAUGUGAAAAUCUUAAAUGCAGAAAUAAUUUCAUCUGGUUCCACAACACCUUUGAAUCAUUUUAUCAGUGACCCAGUUGAUGAUAUUGGCGCUAAGUUAACAUUGGAACUUCCCCAAGGCACCGCUAAAGGAGAACUUACUGUUCGCAUUGACUAUGAAACUUCGCAAAAAGCUAGCGGUCUACAAUGGCUGACACCCGAACAAACUUUGGGCAAGAAACAUCCGUACAUGUUUUCACAAUGUCAAGCUAUUCAUGCACGUUCCAUUAUACCGUGUCAAGACACACCGGCUGUGAAAUUUACUUAUACUGCGACUGUGGAACAUCCAAAAGAUCUUAAGGCCUUAAUGAGUGCCCUAAUCGAAAAGCAGGAAGAAGGUCGCACAACAUUCAAACAAGACGUUCCCAUUCCAGCCUACCUCUUGGCCAUUGCUAUUGGUGAUUUGGUUUCCAGACCUUUGGGUCCCAAUUCUAAUGUUUGGGCUGAGGAGGGCAUUAUUGAGGAAUGUGCUGCCGAAUUUUCAGAGACAUCAUUAAUGUUGAAAACUGCUGCAGAUAUCUGUGGUCCAUACGUUUGGAAACAAUAUGAUCUGUUGGUUAUGCCACCUUCAUUUCCAUUUGGUGGUAUGGAAAAUCCAUGUUUGACUUUUGUCACACCUACCCUGCUGGCUGGAGACAAAUCGCUGGCCGAUGUUGUUGCUCAUGAAAUAGCUCACAGCUGGACCGGUAAUCUGGUGACAAACAAAAACUUUGAACAUUUCUGGUUGAAUGAAGGAUUUACCGUUUUUGUUGAAACAAAGAUUGUCGGCCGCAUGAAGGGUGAUAAGGAACGCGACUUCCAUAUGUUGAGAAAUUUGACGGACUUACAGGAAUGUCUACGCACUCAAUUAAAGGAUACCCCAGAGUUGACUAAAUUGGUCGUUGAUUUAUCCAAUUGUGGCCCUGAUGACGCUUUCUCAAGUGUACCCUACAUGAAGGGAUCUACAUUCUUGCGCUAUAUUGAGGAUUUGAUGGGUGGUCCAGAAGUUUUCGAACCAUUCCUACGCUCCUAUCUACAAAAGUAUUCAUAUCAAUCUGUUGUAACAGACGAUUUUAAAAAUGCCCUCUACGAUUAUUUUGUUUGCACCGAUAAAAAUGGUAAACUCAACGAAAUUGAUUGGGAAUUGUGGUUGUCUUCAGAGGGCAUGCCUCCAAUUAUUCCACAAUUUGAUCAAACUCUUGCCAAUGUCUCAAAACAAUUGGCUUUGUUGUGGAGUACCAAGACCACUGAAGAAUUGGCCAGCAAUGCCGAAGUUAAGCAGAAAAUCUCCACCCAUCAAUUAAUCGAUUUCUUGGGCAAAUUAAUUGAAUGCAAGGAUAUCAAAGAUUUAACUGAGCAAAAAAUAGAACUUUUGGAAGCUACUUAUAAUCUGAAAAACACAAAAAAUGCCGAAGUUCUUUUCCGUGUCAUGCGUUUGUGCAUUAUGGCCAGACUCAUGAAUCGUAUGGGUCAAAUUAUUGACUUUGCUAAUUCUAACUUCCGCAUGAAAUUCUGCCGUCCAAUUUAUCGUGAUUUGGCUCAAUGGCCUGAAGCUAAACCGAUUGCAGUGAAGAACUUCGAAAGUGUUAAGGAUCAAAUGAUGGCGGUCUGUUCGCACACAAUUGAAAAGGAUUUGGGUUUGAAAUAAUUAUCACACACAACGAGUUGUGGCAUUUAUUUAUUUAAAGUAUAGCUUCUCUGUAAUUAUGAAAGUGAAAUAUAAAGAGAAGUUUUGUUAAA